GCACUAGCAUUGUAUUCGUGACAUUGAAUUAGUUUGGACGUACAGUCCCAUUGUCGAGGAAAGUAGGCGUACCUCAAAAUACGCAAAUAAAAAAUAUUUUAUUGUUUUAUAAUGGUAUCAAUUCUGUGGUUAUGUUUAUUGUGGAUUGACAAUGUGUGGACCGAGAACAGUACUAAACAAUUGGAGGGGUACCCAUCCGGAUAUUUGGCUGAUUGUCCAGGAUCAAACAAAGAAGCGAUAAUCACCAAGAAGAGUCUCAAAUAUUUGACGAUAACAGUGGACAACGGUCUCACCGGUAGAAGAAGAAAAUACAAUUAUUAUGAAACAAGCGAAUUAGCACGAGAUCCCGACUUGGAUUUUAGCAAGAAAACAAUGUUGUAUGUUGGAGGAUAUUUGGACAGUCCGAGUUUCAUGUUUGCAUCAACUAUAGCCCUUAUUUAUAAAGAGCUAGGUUAUAAUACACUUUUAUUGGACACAAAUACCUUCACCACUAUGGAGUAUCCCAGAGCUGCGCGUUUCAUGCGUCCAGUGGGGAAGCAUACAGCCAAAAUGUUAGCUGACCUAACCCAAGAAGGCCUAGAUCCAAAAAAGCUAGAGCUUAUAGGUCUAAGUCUCGGUGGGCAAACUGCCAGCUUCAUAGCCAAGAACUACGAACUACUUACAGGUGUAAAAGUAUCCCGGCUCACUGGCUUAGAUCCAGCUGGACCUUGCUUCAGGAACCUUGGCCCCGGAGACAGGAUCGAUAAAAGCGAUGCAGAUUUUGUAGACAUUAUAGCGACUAAUAUUGACGGAUAUGGUAUGGCCGCUCCGGUGGGACACGUAAAUUUUUAUGUCAACGGUGGGGAGUACCAGCCAGGCGACGUUUUGUGGACACUCUGCAAUAUACUGUGUAGCCAUAUACGAUCGUUCACUAUAUGGAUAUCAGCUUUGCGGAAUCCCCAUUCGUUUGUCGGUCUGCAGUGCGACUCAGUGCAGCAAGCGAGGGAAAAGCUGUGUUACGACCGAGAGCCAAUUGUAACAAAUGUGUUGGGAUUGAAUUCUGAUAGAAGUCGACAUGGUAUAUUCUACUUGAAUACAGAUAAUAAGUAUCCAUAUUUUUUGGGAGAAAAGGGCGUUAUAAAGGAGAACGACUUCUACUUAUCUCAAACUAAAGCCUUGAAUAAACAGAAUGUGAUCAAAAUGAAGUAGACAAUUAUUGUUGUGUAUUGACAUUUAAGAGAUGAAAUUGGGACAAGACAUUUAUUCUUCGAGGCGUAUAGUUAAAAAUGGGUUUAUUGAUUUUGAAUGUUAAAAUUUUUGACGUGAACGUCAACGUCUAAUACAUUAAUGAACGUCAGUUUUACGCACGAAAAAGCAUGACUCAUUGUCCCGCUACGCUCAUUGUACGCUUGCGCCGCAUCUAUCUCUCUUCCACUCGAUUGGCCUAUGCGUCCGAGGAUUCACUCCUUU